CCGAGCCCCCGUCACUCCUCUGUUUCCUCUCAUCGCCGCCUAUCUGUGAGAUCAGCGAAGUUAUACUGUCGCCAUCAUUCACCCAACUCAAUUUGGACCUGAAGUUUACAGAUAUGGCGACUCUUAAAGUGCUAUCGAACGCUGAUAGUGUGAUCUUCAGGAACUUGUCAGCCACGAUCAAGUCGAACUUCACGCGACACUCGCUUGGCAAGACUUGUGGCUGCUACUUUUCUACUUCAAGUCAACGGUCCGCACAGUUCUAUUCCGACCCUUUAGACGCUGUCAAAGAUAUUCCUAAUGGAGCUACUGUGCUUGUUGGAGGUUUUGGUUUAUGUGGCAUUCCAGAGAACCUGAUCAACAGUUUGUUGAAAACCGGGGUGAAGAGUCUGACUGCAGUCAGCAAUAAUGCAGGAGUGGAUGGCUUUGGCCUGGGACUGCUUCUGCAGACCAAACAGAUCAAGCGCAUGAUCUCGUCAUAUGUGGGGGAGAAUGUGGAGUUUGAGAGGCAGUAUCUCGCUGGUGAGUUGGAGGUAGAGUUGACCCCACAGGGCACACUUGCGGAGCGGAUCAGGGCCGGUGGCGCAGGUGUGCCUGCCUUCUUCACUGCCACAGGUUAUGGCACACUCAUCCAGGAGGGAGGAUCUCCCAUCAAAUACAAUGCAGAUGGCACCAUCGCCAUUGCCAGUGAACCAAGAGAGGUGCGUGAAUUUAAUGGCAUUCACUUCAUUAUGGAGAAAGCCAUCACAGGUGACUUUGCGUUGGUCAAAGCCUGGAAAGCAGAUAAAGCUGGAAAUGUCAUCUUCAGGAAAACAGCACGAAACUUCAACCAACCCAUGUGCAAGGCAGCCAAGGUCACAGUUGUGGAGGUGGAGGAAAUUGUUGACGUAGGCACGUUUGCAGCCGAAGACAUCCACAUCCCCAGUGUCUACAUCCACAGAAUCGUAAGAGGAGAUCGCUACGAGAAGCGGAUUGAGAGGCGCACAGUAAAGAAAUGCCAGACUGAAAAGCCCAAACCCAAGAAAGACUCUGAAGUUUUGAGAGAGAGGAUUAUCCGCAGAGCUGCACUCGAGUUUGAAGAUGGAAUGUAUGCUAACCUGGGCAUUGGAAUUCCCAUGCUGGCCAGUAAUUUCAUUAAACCAGAUAUUACUGUCCACCUGCAGAGUGAAAAUGGCAUUUUGGGACUGGGCCCAUACCCAACAGAGGAAGAGGUUGAUGCCGAUCUCAUCAAUGCUGGUAAAGAAACUGUCACAGUUCUUCCUGGAGCCUCCUAUUUCUCUAGCGAUGAUUCCUUUGCCAUGAUCAGAGGGGGCCAUAUCAACUUGACAAUGUUAGGUGCCAUGCAGGUAUCCAAGUAUGGAGAUCUGGCCAAUUGGAUGAUUCCGGGUAAGAUGGUGAAGGGCAUGGGAGGGGCUAUGGAUCUAGUGGCCAGUGCCGGGACUAAAGUGGUUGUUACAAUGGAGCACUCUGCUAAGGGUGGCAAACACAAGAUUCUGGACAAGUGCAACCUGCCUCUGACUGGAAAGCAGUGUGUGGACCGUAUAAUCACAGAAAAGGCAGUAUUCGAUGUGGACAAGGACAAAGGUCUAACCCUUAUUGAGAUUUGGGAGGGUCUUACACCAGAUGACAUUAAGAAAUGCACAGGGACAGACUUUGAGGUCUCUUCUAACUUGAAACCAAUGCAUCAGAUUUAAUGCAUAGUCAAAAUGGCUUAAGAUUUUUGGGACUAUGCCAAGGUUGGUGGAGGCCAAAUCACUCGGAGACAUCAACUGAAGAUUUGUGUGGAAGUUUGACUAAAGUGUGCUCAAAACAACAAAUAUUCAAUGAGAUCCUCAAGCCACAACAGUGUAUUCAUCUGUUAAAAUAACUUCAAUGAAUGUAUCUAAAUGGGUAAUAAAAGCCUUCAGGUUUAUUUUAUUUUUAGCAAUUGAUUUGAAUGCAGCGGUAUUGUAGAAUAUUGACAAAGGGUAUUGAAUAUAGAAUAUUGUCAGUAACAAGUAUUGCUUUUAAACAGAAUAAUUUUAAUGCUAAAAUGUUUGGUCACAGUUAUGAUGCCUUAAAUAUUCCACUCACUGUGUACAUAACAUUUGUACAAAACAAUAAACAUCUAUUUGUCACAAC